AACGGGAUGUACAAAAACAUUGUUGAAAAACUAGCUGCUCGGACAAUAAGCGCGAUAAUAAGGGAAAAUAUUUCUUCUGUGUUCCGGAACGACUUGUGAAACAGCGGCUACACAACCUGGGAGCAGGUCAGACUUUAGAGACUCUCGCCUUUAGGGGAAAUUCGGUUGUUUGUGAGGCGGUUUUGAUCCCGAGUGCUUGAGGAAUCUGCAGGCUGAGCAGAGGGACUCACGCCACGCAAACACAUUAACGAGGAGAAACACAAAACAGUUUGACAUCCAGGCCAGAUUCUGACCUCAAGAAACCCAAAGAAAAACACGAGCACGUAUGGAGGCCAAGUACGACAAAAUACAUGGGUUGCUGUCUUUGGGGUCAUACCCCAAAGACUACGAUCGAACGCAGCGGCAGAAUCUUAGGAGGUAUGCCUCCAAAUUCAGUUUGAGAGAUGGAGAGCUCUUUUUUGGCACCAGGAGAGCAAUUCGUGGAAAAGAAGAGGCCAGGAGUAUAUUUGAGGAGUUCCAUGCCUCACCCAUGGGAGGGCACACAGGAAUACACAAAACCCGAAGUGCCUUAGCGUCAAGGUUUUACUGGUUUGGGAUGUCCGUAGACAUUGAAAAAUGGAUCCAGGAAUGUGACCAGUGUCAGAAAAUGGGCAAGCCCCUUACAGCAGUGCAACCUCUGCAGUGCAUCAAGUUGAAGACAUCCAAGCCAGAUUCUGACCCCAAGAAAUCCAAAGAAAAACACAAGAAGUUGAUAACAUCCAGGCCAGAUUCUGACCUCAGGAAACCCAAAGAAAAACACAAGCAGAACGCUGCUUGUUUACUCGCACCCGAUAACCUGGAAUCAACGACUGUACACGACUUCCAGCCGGCAAUGGCUGCUCCCUGUGGUUCUGCCUCCGUGGGUAACUCGUGGAAUAAAAUUGUCCAUAAAAGUGCUUUUACGCUUAUUACUGAACUGGGAAGCAGUGAUCAGACAGCAGUUAAAGCUGAAGCUGGUUUUGACUUUCCGAUAGUCAGUGAGCUGCAAAUGGCUACACUGGAAACUGACAUAAAACCUGUCGAUGAAGAAAAGCUUAUUACUGGACUGGGAAGCAGUGAUCAGACAGCAGUUAAAGUUGAAGCUGGUUUUGACUUUCCGAUAGUCAGUGAGCUACAAACAGCUACACUGGAAACUGACAUAAAACCUGUUGAUGAAGAAAAGCUCAGUCAUCAACCAGCUUUCAGUUCACAAGUAGCAGUUAAAGUUGAAGCUGGUUUUGACCUUCCAAUAUUCAGUGAGCCACAAACAGCUACACUGGAAUCUGACACAAAACCUAUCGAUCAAGAAAAAGUAGUCAUCGACUUACGACCUAUGCAACUUACAACCGAUCGACUUUACGACCGUCUGGUUACGACUGGCAAGCGUUUCCCAGCUGAGCGUGUGAGCAGUAUUCCGAGUACAUCACAGACCUUGUUGGGUAACCAUGUUGGUUGCCAAACAGACCUACCCGGCCGGUCAUCUCAGGGUACACAGCUCUCCUUGCGUACACUAAGCCCUCAUGUUCGAAGCAAAGGUACACAAGUUCCAGGUUCUGUAAGUGUGGAGGUUGGCACGACUACCACAGACGCACCUUGGACCACACGUUGUCCGCUGGUGUCCCCAACAUUCAAGGCUCCGAGGCCAGCAAAAAGACCCCAGAUUGAUGUAGAGGAGGAAGACCAGGGAGAUCUUUCCACAGAGGUCCCUGAACCACAGGCUCCCACCGAUGAUCCUGUCGAUUCCGUCACAGUUACAGUAGAAUCAUCACAGUUUUCGAGUACUGAGGUGAGGGUAAACACGGAAGGUUUGCUGAAGCUUUUCCAGUUCUGCUGGUUUUGUCAGAGAGAGUGCUGUACUACCAUUGAGGGCAACGAGAAGUUGUUUUCAAUCUCACAGGACUGUAAGAGUUGUGGCUACCACAGAGACUGGAGGAGUCAUCCUCCCACAAGUUUAUCUAGUGAGGAAGAAGCAAGCCUUUCAGAAGAGGAAGAGAAAAAGAAAAGAAAGAGGAAGUCUGAUAGUUCAGAUGAGUGGGAGCCGUGUUUAGAUGAAGAGGCCACAGACUCUGAUGUGUCUAUGGAUGAAGACCUGGUCACAGCUUCAAAGGAGGAUGGUGAGGGUGAACUUGUGGUGUGGUGUACACAGUGUGAGACCGAGGCCUCGCUCUCCUGUUCUGUCCUUCAACACAAAAAAGUGUUCUGCUGUGCUCAGUGCAGGACAGGUGACGACGUUCAAACACACAAUUUUGAAACCCUACCUGUCCGGUUUGAUGAUGUCGCCAGCUUUCAGACACAUGUUGAACAGGAGCACGGAGCCAAACCAUUCAAUAUACUGUGUCAGGAUUGUGGUAAGCUUGUUGGAGCAGAAAAAGAGCAUGUAUGUGAACACAAAAUCAAAUUUAUCGUCUGUCCAGACUGCGGGAAAAGGUUCCAUAACGAGCGUGGCCUAAAGACACACUGCACUACGCUCCAUUCGGAUUACGAUCAUCCGUGUAAAUACUGUCUGAAGGUCUUCAAAACCAAGUCUGCAAAACUGGAACAUGAGCAGACUCAUCCUAAAGAAUCUCAACCAUACAGCUGUCCAGAUUGUCCACAGAAGUUUAGCAAGAUUUACAAACGCAAUAAACAUGUUAAGUCCCACCGCGGUCCACAUAAAUGUGUGUGUGAUGUCUGUAACAAAGGGUUUAAGGAUAUUCACAGGCUGAGGAGGCAUAAACUCAUCCACUCUGGAGAAAAGCCUUUCAAAUGUCAAGUGUGUGAGCGUUCCUUUAACCAAGUAGUAAACCUCACUUCCCACAUGCGCGUCCACACUGGAGAGAAACCUUUCUUGUGUGAGCAAUGCGGCGAGUCAUUCAGCCACAAAGUCAGCCUGAAGAACCACAAGCAACGACACCAUGACUCGGGUUCGACUCAGGAGGAAGAAAUAAUGAGUGAUCUGGAGGAAGAAAUAAUGAGUGAUCUGGAGGAAGGCGAUGUAUAAAUGGUGGCGGUUCCAUAGUAAAGCUUUGGUUAAUAGUUCAUGAGGAAAAAUGAUGUCUGUAGUCCAGCAUCUACAACCCCAAAUCAGAAAAGUUGGGAUGGUAUUUUGAAAUUAAAACUGACAACAAUUAUUAUUUGCAAAUCUUUGACCUGUGUUGCACUCAGAACAAGACAGUGGAUAUUUUUUCCUCCCCAAAAUAAAAUUUUCAUUCUUGCAACACAUCUCAAAAAUAGUUGGAACUGUAAAGAACAUCCUACUUUGGAAUGUUCCCAUUCCUUCUCACAACACUUCAAAGAUGUUUAGGGACUGAAGACUCCAAGUGAUGAAGUGUUUCAGGUGUUAUUUUGUCCCAUUCUUUCUGCAAACAGGUCUUAAGGUGUUUAACAGUACAAGGUCAUCACGGUCAUAUUUUUCAUUUCUAAAUUCUCCACACAUUCUCUGUUGGGGACAGAGGGGACACGCCCUCUUAGACAGCCACGCCUUUGGUAUGUGUGCAGAAUGUGGUUUUGCGUUGUCUUGUUAAUCUCCCUGGGAAAGAUGUCAUCUUGAAGGCAACAUACAGCAUGUUGCUCCAAAAUCUCAAUAUACUUUUCUGCAUUAAUGCUCCAUCACGGAAGUUAUCUUUGCCAAGGACACGGAGACAAGCCCAUACUGUGACACACCCUGGUUUUUGGACUUGUUCCUGGUAACAGUCUGGAUGGUCCUUUGGGCCGGAGCACACAGCGUCCAUUUCUCCCAAAAAAGACCUGGAAUACUGAUUCAUCUGACCACAAUACACGUUCCCACUGUGUGAUGGUCCAUCCCAGAUGCCCCCAAGGCCAAAGAAGUAGAUGGCACUUCUGGAUACAGUUAACAUAAGGCUUCCUUUGUGCACAGUCAAGUUUUAAUUGGCAUUUGUGGAUGUAAUGCCAUAUUGUAGCUUAACAAAGGUUUGCCAAAGUAAUCCAGAGCCCAUGUGAUUCUAUCAGCUAUAGAUGAUUGAUGGUUCUUGAUGCAGUGCCGUCUGAGGGAUCGGAGAUCAUGGGUCUUCAGGUUAGGCUUGUGCCCUUGCCCUUUAUAUACUGAAAUUCUUCCAAAUUCCUUGAAUCAUUUCAUGAUUAUAUGCAUUGUAGAGGGUGAUGUAUCCAAACCCCUUCCUAUCUUUCUUUGAGGAACAUUGUUUUUAAACAUUUUCAAUAAUUUUCUCAUGCAUUGUUGACAAGUUGGAGAUUCUCGGCCCAUCGUUCCACAUUAUUUAAUUGUUUUACCUUGGUACUAGCCUUAAAUUGCUCCACCUCCCGUUCCAACAUUUUUUGGAAUGUGUUGCAGGGCUCAUAAGCAGGAAUGGAUGUGUAUUAACAAAUUAAAUUAAGUGGACCAACAAAACGUGAAAUAUCUUGUUCAUUCUGUCUGCAAUGAAAUCCAAGUCAAAGCCAAUUUAUAAAUCACUGCUUUCUUUUUUUAAUUUGCAUUUUCCAUACCAUCCCAACUUUUUUCUGAUUUGGGAUUAUAUAAAUAGUUAUUAAAAGUCUUGAGAUACGUUAGUAUAUUGUAUUUACUGUUUGAGGGUGCAGAUAUUUGCUCCAUAUGUAAGCUUUCCCAGGGGAAGUUCUCAACUUUAUAAAGCCUGACUUGCCAAAAUUGCCACGUAGUUUUCUCCUGUUAUUUGUAUAAUACCAACUUUGCGCUGUCUUUCGCCUGCACAAGAGAGAAAUUAUAGAACAAUUUUUGGAAGCGUUCAUGUUUUGUUGAUUUCACCUCAAAUUCAAAGAAUAUGAUUGCUAAGAAAAAUCACUGCAAUGUUUUUGAAAAGCAAACACUGAAAUAAAUCAGCCAGCAUUGCAGCAUUCAGAAUUCAUUAAUACAAGCCCAAUUCCAAAAAUAUUGGGAUGCCGUGCGAACUGCAAAUAAAAACAGAAUGUGAUAAUUUGCAAGUCAUGGAACCCUUAUAUUUCAUUGAAAAUAGUACAAAGACAACAUAUAUCAGAUGUUGAAACAGAAAAUUUUUUUGAAAAAUAUAUGCUCACUUUGAAUUUGAUAUCAGCAACGCUUUUCAGAAAAAUUGGAACAGGGCCAUUUUAAUAUGUGCAGAAAGUGGUUUGGUAUUGUCUUGCUGAAAGAAGGAAGACCUUCCCUGAAAAAGAUUUUGUCUGGAUGGCAGCAUAUUGCUCUGAAACGUGUUUAUAUUAUUCAGCAUUAAUGAUGCCUUCCCAGAUGUACAAGCUACCCAGGUUAUGUGCACUAACGCACCUGCAUAUGAUCACAGAUGCUGGCUUUUGAACUGUGCACUGAUGACCAGCCAGAUGGUCUCUCUUCUCUUUAGCCUGGAGGACGUGGUGUCCAUGAUUUCUAAAAAAAAAAAAAAAAAUUUUCUACUUUUGAUUCGUCAGACCUCGGGACAGUUUUCGACUUCGCCUCAGUCCAUUUUAAAAGAGCUCAGGCCCAGAGAAGGGGACGGUGUUUCUGGACAUUGUCUAUAUCUAGUUUUAACUUGCAUUUGUGGAUGAAGUGUUUUCACAGACAAUGGUUUUCUGAAGUGUUCCUGAGCCCAUACAGUGACUUCCACGACAGACACGUGUCUGCUUUUAAUGCAGUGUCUCCUGAGGGCCUGAAGAUCACAGGUAUCCAAUGUCAGUUUUCAGCCUUGUCUCUUGCAUACAGAGAUUUCUCUAGAGUCUCUAAAUCUUUUAAUGAUAUUAUGGACCAUAGAUGAUGUGAUCCACAAAUUUUUUGCAGUUUUACAUUUGAGAAAUGUUAUUCUUAAAUUGUUGCACUGUUUGCCCACGCAGUCUUCCACAGAGCGGUGAACCCCUCCUCAUCUUUACUUCUGAGAGACUCCGCCUCUCUGGGAUGCUCUUUUUAUACUCAGUCAUGUUACUGACCUAUUGUCAAUUAACCAAAUUAGUUUUUUAGCAUUACACAACUUUUUCAGUCUUUUGUUGCCCCAUCCCAACUUUUCUGAAAUGCGUUGCUGAUAUUGAAUUCAAAAUGAGCAAAUAUUUUUCAAAAAACAAACAUUUCUCAGUUUCAACAUUUGAUAGGUUGUCUUUGUAUUAUUUUCAAUGAAAUAUCAGGUUUUCAUGAUUUUGCAAAUCUUCACAUUGUGAUUUUCCAACUUUUUUGGAAUUGGGUUUGUGUAGUUUUAUCUUGUUCUGAUGUUUUUGAUGCUCUGAGUUUCUGUGAUGGGAGAAUAGUCAGUGCAAUCUGUGAGCUUAAAUGGAGAUAUACAUGUUAGCAUUCUGUAAUAACACCCAGGAAAUGGGGAAAGAUGGAAAAUUGGGAGCUGAUGGAAUUGAUUGAGUAAAAUCUGUUCUAUUUUGUAUACCUCUCACGAUUUCACAACAUAUGAAAAAUACCUUCAGAAUGUAAUUUUUUUUUAAUGCAUUAUUUUCUGAAUGAAAAAUUCUGUAGGAAUGAAUCAUGUCUGAACAGUUUUUGUUUCCAGAUUGUUUUGCUUCUGUUACUUUAGAAUACUGAUUUAUGUACUACUAGUCAGUCUUUGUCAUGGAUGUCCUGUUUUUGUACAUUUGAUUUGCUUUUGUUUUUAUUUACGACAGCAACAAUUUUAGUAACAAUAAAAACCUUGAAAUGUUACUAUGCUCCGGAAAUGUCCAGGAAGCUGACUGUUGUAUAAGCUUAAGUGUCCUUAAAAUAAAUUAUCCAAAUAAAGGGAAACUUUUUUUCCCCCA